GCUACGGCUGCUCUCGCUGCUCCUCCGCGGCAGCUGCUGCCGCCGCCGCCGCCACCACCACCUCCGGCUCCUCAGUCCCAGUUAGGGCAUCCACCGGCGUCGCCUUGUGCUGGGAGCGGCCGCCCGGGAGAAAGGAUGCUCGGCUGGGUGCGGCGGCGGCGAAGGCGCAGGAGACGGGGCUUCUCGGGGGCCGCGCGCCUUUUGUAGCCGAAGCCGCCGCCUUCUCCAUGGCGAGCGUGGCGGCGGAGCCCCCCGCCAGGUUUGUGCGGCGCGGUCCGGCUUGGAGGAGGAGGAGACGGACGAAGACGGUCGGGGCCGAAGGUGCCCGGGCCCGUUUUUACUCCCGUCUCGCUGCGCCCUAGAAGCGCAACGGCAGUAGCGCCAUGGCCGAGAUGGAGCGUCCGGAGGAGGCGGCCCGGCUCUGGCGAGACGCCGCCCUGCGCGCCAGGAAGCUGCAGAGCAACCUCCAGCAAUUGGAGCUAGAGCUGGGCUCCCGGGGAGAGAGCGGCCCGGAGGCACCGCCGAAGCUGAAAUCCUCGCAGCAGCAGCAACAACAACAACCGCCGCCGCCGCCGCCGACCUCGCCGCUGGAGGCAUUGAACCUGAGCGGGCGCGGCCUGGAUGAGUUGCCGGAGGGCUUGUGCGCUGCCGUGGGCAGCAGCCUGAGCGUCCUCUCGUUGCGGAGGAACCGACUAGCUCAUCUGCCCUCGGCCGCCGCCCUUCGGCACCUGGGCCGUUUGGCCGAACUCGACCUCAGCCACAACCGCUUGCGCUGCCUGCGCGACGACGGGCAGGCUCUGGCGCUCCUGCGCGGGCUCCGUAAGCUCAACCUCAGCCACAACCAGUUGGGAGGCGAAGGGACGCUGCCCAGCGGGUUGGGCGAACUGCGACAGCUGGAGGAGCUGGAUCUGAGUUUCAACCGCCUUAGCCACCUGCCUGCUGAGGCCCUGGCCCACCUGCGACAGCUCCGCACCCUGGACGUGGACCACAAUCAGCUUUCUGCCUUCCCUCAACCGCUGCUGGAGCUGGACGCCCUGGAAGAGCUGGAUUGCUCUGGCAACCGACUCUUGCAGUCUCUUCCGGAGGGCAUCACAUGUCUUCGGCACCUGAAAAUCCUGUGGCUCAGUGGCACUGGCUUGGAGGCCUUGCCCGAGGGCUUGUGCCAGCUGGGUACCCUCGAGAGCCUCAUGCUGGAUGGGAACCGCCUGAGUGUCCUGCCUGCUGGUUUUGGCAGCCUGCAGCGUCUCAAAAUGCUGAACCUCUCAUCCAACUUGCUGGCUGAUUUCCCAGCAGCUGUGCUGGCCCUUCCUGGCUUGGAGGAGCUCUACCUCAGUCGCAAUCAGCUUACCCUGUUGCCCGCUGGACUUUGCCAGCUUUGCCAACUCCGCACGCUUUGGCUGGACAACAAUCGCAUCCGCUACCUGCCUGAUUCCAUAGUCAAGCUUCAUCAGCUGGAGGAACUGGUACUUCAGGGAAAUCAGAUCGCCAUCCUUCCAGAGGGGUUUGGCCAACUCAGUCGUGUGAGUCUCUGGAAAAUCAAAGACAACCCCUUGAUCCAACCCCCCUAUGAGGUCUGUAUGAAAGGCAUCCCUUACAUAGCUGCCUACCAGAAGGAACUGGCUCAUUCUCAGCCUGCCCUUAAGCCCCGGCUCAAACUAGUCCUCAUGGGCCUGAAAAAUGCAGGCAAAACUCUGCUUAGAAAGUGCCUCAUGGAGGAAGAGGAAGAGGAGCAGGUAGAGUCAUCUUUUGGUUCAGCUAACAAAAAUUUUGAAAGAACCCAAAGCAGGGGGUGCUUCAUACAACCCCUGAGAGACCUGCCCCAACCUCUGUCUCCAAAAGCACAGCCAAACCAUUUUCCCAUUGUGGAACAGCCCAAGGCUUCCCCUUUGUCUGUCUCACCCCUGAAAUGUUCCUGUUUAGGGUAUAACUCCACUGAGAAGAGGGAUGUGUUCAGUCAGUCCCCCAAAGUUAUUGGUCAGACCCAGGCAGGAGGCUCUGCUGCUGAGCAGCAGGAUGAUAUCCCAUUGUCCCCAUCAAUUAAAAUACAUAGAGAAACCUGCUUGGGGAAUUAUCCCCUGAGGCCUCCAGGCUCACAUGUAACAGGGUUGCCAGGCAGCAGCAAAGGUAUUGAAGUGGUAGACUGGACAGCAGAUGUGGAGAGAAGUCUAACCUUCAUUGUAUAUGAGCUAGCAGGAGACCCAAGUUACGAUGUGAUCCAGCCGUUCUUCCUCUCUCCUGGAGCCCUGUAUGUGUUGGUAGUAAAUCUGAGCACUUACAUGCCACAAGGUUUUUAUCCUUCUGUGGGACACUUUCUUCACUGGCUGGGGGCAAAGGUGCCUCAUGCCGUGGUAUGUAUGGUGGGAACACAUGCAGACCUGUGUCCUGAACGGGAGGUGGAGGAGAAAUGUUUAGACAUCCACCGCCAGAUUGCCUGGCAGGAGAAAUGUGACUAUGAAGGCCUCCAGAUUUUGGCCCGGCAGGUGGAUGAAGCUCUGGGGCAGGAUUUUGAUUUGCGCUGCUCUAGCCCCCAUGUUGCUUUCUAUGGGGUAUCGGACAAGAAUCUACGGCGCAAGAAAGCUCAGUUCCAAUAUCUGCUCAACCACCGUCCACAAAUCCUCUCCCCAGUUUUACCUAUAAGCUGCUGGGAUUGUGUUCAGGUCCGCCGAUUGCGAGAGAAGCUCCUUUCAGUGGCAGAGCAUAGAGACAUCUUUCCAAAUUUGCACCGGGUUCUCCCAAGAUCCUGGCAGAUGCUGGAGGAGCUGCACUUCCAACCCCAAGCUCAACAGCUGUGGCUAAGCUGGUGGGACUCUGCUCGACUUGGCCUGCAGGCAGGGCUGACUGAGGAUCGUCUCCAAAGUGCACUUUCCUACUUGCAUGAGAGUGGCAAACUGCUGUAUUUUGAGGAGCACCAGACCCUACGAGAAUAUGUUUUCCACAAUCUGCCCAGGCUCAUUGACAUUCUCAAUGUCUUCUGCCAGCAUGAUGCCUCAGUAUUGCUCCAGAAACUGCUCAGCAGCACCCAUAUGGAUGAGAUGAAGGCCACACAGCUCCACCACUAUGUGGAAGGAUUUCUGCUUCAUGGCCUUCUCCCUGCCCAUGUUAUUCAUCUGCUUCUCAAGCCCCACAUCCAAAGCAGAGAGGACUUGCAGCUUCUGCUGGAAUUGUUAGAAAAAAUGGGACUCUGUUACGGGGUUAACAAGCCCAAAUCAAAACCCUUGAAUGGAGCUACAGCGUGGUACAAGUUCCCCUGCUAUGUGAAGAACGAGAUGCCUCAUGCAGAGGCAUGGAUCAAUGGUACUACCCUGGGUGGGCAGUCUUUUGGGGCAGAACAGCUGCAGAUUGAGUACAACUUUCCCUUUAUUUUUCCCCCUGGAUUGUUUGCUCGCUACAGUGUGCAGAUUAACAGCCAUGUGGUUCAGCGGUCAGAUGGAAAGUAUCAGAUCUAUGCGUACAGAGGGAAAGUGCCGGUAGUUAUAAGUUACAGGCCUGCCAAAGGCACCCAACAACCAGAUACAUUGUCUAUUGCUAGCCAUGCAUCUCUACCAAAUAUAUGGACAGCUUGGCAAGCCAUAACCCCAUUGGUGGAAGAACUAAAUGUACUGCUUCAAGAAUGGCCAGGCUUAUACUAUAGUGUGCAUGUCCUCUGUUCCAAGUGCCUUAAAAGAGGGUCACCCCACCCACAUACCUUUCCAGGAGAAUUGCUAAGUCAGCCCAGGCCAGAGGGAGUAACUGAGAUCAUCUGUCCGAAGAAUGGUAACGAGCGAGUGAAUGUGGCUUUGGUUUAUCCCCCUACUCCAACAGUGAUCAGCCCUUGUUCCAAGUGACUGCUGGAAGUCGCCUGCCUUGGCCCCUAUUAUAAGGACACAGCAAAUGCCCCUUAAACCCUUGCUAAGCAUUUUCGGAGAAGUACCACCCAGAGAUGGAUCUAAUUAUUUAUGGGGCCUGAAUAUCACAUCUUGGGAAAUAAAGAUUAAUGAGAGCAGGUGUGCUGAAGGCUGUGCAUUGGGGUGGACACAAAUCUGCAAUCUACAUGAAUUGAUCCUUUUCACCGAUUGGGGUUGGACUGAUAUGUUCAGAAGAAACAGAAAGCAUCAUCAUCCUGAUCUACUGUUGAAUCUGAUUACCCUGCAGUAUGAAGGCUCUCACAAGAACCAAGACCAUUGUUCGCUGAGAACACUAUUGACCUGUGUUUUGCACUUGUUUGGACUCACGAAUGUAAGCUUUUUCUCAAUGUAUGUACUAUUAGAUGUACCUGAAGAAAUAUCUAAUGAAAAGGAAUUGUUGUUAACUUUGGUGGUUUCUGUGCAGGUAGGUGUUGAAUUUAUCACUGGUAGCUUCAGUUGGCCUCUCCAGCAGGCAAGAAGUCUAGCAUCUAUUCACUUCUUCCAUAUCUUUAGAAGCCAAGACAGACUGUCAGAAUGGUGCUUGGGCAGUUCUAUUAUGUCUGUGGGAUAUCUUUUUAGUUCUCCUGUGUGUUUCACCCCAAUCAUGCCGUCUAUUAAAUCAUAGCACUAGCUGUUGCUUGUGCACAAGGAUAGCAGUACAGCAAGAGAUAUAGGGAAAUUAAAUAUGUACACAUGUACACCUGUUCCUCACUUAUUGUCUGAGGUAUCACAGAGAUAAUCUUGGGCAGAAUUAUAUAAAUUUAAUGGAGCCGAAUUUAUUAAAUACCAACAAUCUUCCUUUUCACCCACAAGUACAGUCAUCAUGAUGACAUAAAUGGUCUCAAUGAUCCUUAUAUAAAUUCAAUACAUCAUGGAAUUUUCACUGAAAAAAACACGUCUUGGAUAAAUUGUUAUCAGGGAGCUCAAGUCAGAUUUUGGAGUUCCCUCAGCCUUAGUUAAGCACUACUAGUUACGUUCCUUUGAAUUCCUGAACCAAAAAGCUAGGUUUAUUUUCAUAUACCUACAGCCAAAUAACCUAAUGUAGCCAUGCAAAUAAAUUUGCAAAAGGUAAACAUCUGCAAAAUUGUUCCUGUUGCUUUCACAGAAACAGCCUAAAAAGGAAGAACUGGGAAAAGAGAGAAUGCACUCUUUUUUUUCUUUUCAGUUUAUAAAAACAUCUCACUAUUUUGCCAUAAACAGGCUUGCUCCCUACAUAGAUAGUUUAGCAGAAUGGAGACAUUUGAAGCUUGAAUAUGCAAGGUAGCUACUUGUGAAGGCAAAACUCAUAUGUAACUUCAUGUAUAGUCCUCCAAACCUCUUCUUACUUGCCAUGUACUUUUAAGGUAUGGUAACUUAGAAAUGAAAAGUAGGUGAACUCCUUCCAUGUCACUGAUUUUCAACUGAACUUUCCCCUGUUGUCAACCAAUGAAAAAUUCUACUGUACAGUCAUGGGUCUUCUCCUGUUCUGCUGGGUAGAAAUUAGUACUUUGAAACAAAAGAUUUGCCUGAUGGCACAAUAUUUUCUUCAUCUUUCUUAACUUGUUCUGAAGAAUAUUAGCAUGCCACAAGAUACUAUUAUUUAUUCAGAUAUCUUUAAUUUGUACGCCUACUUUUCCCAGAUUUAUUACUUCUUGUCUUCAUUUCAGUCUCUUUCUGCUAGUGUUGCAAUUCCUUUUGGAUUGGUUGGAAGUUAAUUUGAAAUCUGAUUCUAACUAUGUGGGAUGGCAGCAAAAGCAGAGUAAAGUUUAGUAUACCAGAAUUAUAACAUUGCAGAAUCUGGGAUUAGCUUUGUAUGGAUUAUAAAUUCUAAAAGCUCUAUAAAUCCCUUUCAGGAUAGGCCCAUUUGUUGUGAGCAACCCUUUUUGGAAAUGUUCUUCCUUUCCCUCCCUCCCUCCCACUUUUUACUUUUUCAGUUUCUUGGAUUUGGUCUGGCAUUUCCUGCAAAAGGCCUGGCAAUUAAGGAGACAUUCUUUCUUUUGCUCAUUUGGCUCUUUUCCUUUGUUUAGAACAUCCAUCUGUCCAUGGUCAUUUUUUUUAGAAGCCUGCUUGAAUUAGCCUUAAUAUUAGCUCAGCUCUUAAAAGGUUGCUGAGCUAUGUGAAAAUCCAGGAAAUGCCGGUCACUGAAAUAGCAUCCAGCCUAAUUUGCACAUACUAUCUGCUUCCUUUCAUUUUUAUUUAAUUUUAGAAUUCAUUUUGCCAGCAGCAAGUAAAAUUGUACAGCAGGCUAGACUGCUGGACUGAGUUUAAAAUAAGAAAUAAUUAACAUUAUUCUUCUCUCCCAUUUACCUGGAGUCAUACUCACUAGCACCAUCACAGAAGCAAAAUAAAUUUGAAAAGAGCUGAAUAGACUUUUCCCUCUGCAUACUUGUUCACAAAUUGUUACUUAGAAUUAUAGUGAUGCACUAAUGCGGAGGUUUAGUUGGAAGCACCUAAAAAAGCAAUUACAAAACUCAAACAGAAGUAAGAGGACAUCCAAAGUAAUAUUCAUUCCCUCAUUCCAGAAAUCAAAUGAAUAUCAGGUUGAUUUUCCAAUAAAAGAUUUAAGAAUAGCCAAGAAAAUUCCAUUCUGGAUGUAUUUAUGAAAAAAGUUGACCUGUUUCAGUAAUACAGAAUCAUUCAUAGAGGUGAAUUGAUGUUAGAGUAGGUUUGUCAGUUGAAACAAGAGAUUAAAUUGCUAAUUUUUCGCCACACUGAAAUUGGUGCCGCUUAAUUGGCAGGCCCAAAUGUUUAACUUGAUUUGUUUUCCUCAAAUGAUUGGAUAUGUUUGUUUUUCCAACAGUUAAAUUUGUCCAUUGGUUUUAUAAAUAUCCACAUAAUGAAUAUGCUGGGUUUGGGGUAUACGUGAAGAAUACUAUUAUUCUUCAUACUGCAUAUCCAGCUUUAAAAAGUUUCAAGUCCAUUCUAGUUAGUAAAUAAAUAAGCACUAACGAAUCAUCAGAACUGUAGCUGCCUGUUUGACAAUUUUGAUUAGUAGGACAGAAUCCAUGUUUAUAAACAAUAGGCCUGGAAGUUCUCAGUAUUUUUAACUGUAAGCAAAAAAUCAUUUCAUUUCAAGAUAUAUAUGAAUACACUUUGACAUUUGCUUACUUUAACCUAGAUAUACAGUAUGUAUCUGGCAAACAAGAUAAAUCUUAUUUAAGCAAUGAGAAAAAGCUACUGAGCUUUUCUUUCUACUGUCCCAUCAUCAAACUGGUGUAUUGCCCCUGCUCAUUAUUGCAACUACUAUAUUGAAAUAAUAUGCAUAUUGGGAUAAUAAGAAUAUUGGACACUGAUUGUUGGUUUUUGAAGGAGGUUUGAAUUCAGGGCAGAAGAUCACAGGCUGCAAGUAUCUUAAGACUCUAAAAGUAUCCCAUUUAUUUUACCUUCCUCUCCCACCAACGCCUGAAAAGUUUGGCCUGAUUCUUAUUCUGAUGUUGUUUGAGGAUUAUCUGAAAAGAAAUAUAAUUGUCACAUUUAUUUUUGUGCUAGACUAUCCAGUUUGUUUCAGUUACCCCUUACCAAUUGAUAAGUGGACAGUCCACCUGGAUUGAUUGCCGGGUGGGGGGGAGAGAUUUCUUACUAAUUUGUAGCCACUAUCUACACAUUUGCAGAGUGCCAAGAUGGAAAUGGCUCUUUUAACACCGAAUAGAGUAAAAAGGGGGAGAUUUUGUACUGGCAUCUGAGACUCUUUCCCUUUCUUCUAUUAUGAUACCUUCUACCAUCUGCUGGCUGAUGGUUAAGAUUAGCAUGGCAUCUCUCUAGAAAAUCAUCAGGCCAGAGGUAGGCGUAACAUAUUGUCUCUUAAAAGUUGAAAACACUACAGUAUACUGAAGAACUACUAAGUCCAGAGUUAAGUUGCCACAGUCGAGAAACAAUAACUUAGUCAAAUAAUGAAAUGAGCAAAAAAGGAGAAUUGUAAGCAAUAGCAGAAGGCGAGUGAAUAUAUAAAAGAGCUUUCAUUUAUUUAAUCAUUUUAUACCCCAUCUUAAAUCUUCAAGGUGAGUAACAAAACUAAAUAAUAGAGUUGGUCUUUGCCUCGGCAUCACCCCAGAACCAGAUCAAAAUAGGGUAACUUGGAGUGGGUUUUUUUAAGUUGCUUGAGUCAAAAAUCUUUCUCAAGCAAAGUGAAAUUUAGGGGUAUUAUUUCCAUCAUAGCUAGGUGGGGAUAAGGCAUCCUGCGUUCAGGAAUGAACAGGUCCAUUUUCAAACCAGAGACCUUGAAAUUGGUCAUCUCAACUACAGCUCUUUGGACAGGAAGAAAUAAAAUGGGCUGAUUCAUUCUAUUACUAGGGUGUUUUUUUUCCUUUGCUUAAUUCUUUCUUAUUCCCUUAUUCCUCCAGUAACAAUAUUUACUAUUAGUUGUAAUUUUAUAAUUGCCUAAGUGACUGGAAAUAAUGUAUUUUUCUUGCAUUGGAAGAGAGUAUCCAUAGUUUUGACUUGUUUCACUUGCUCUGUCAAGAGGAGGUAGUUUUUGCAUCUCCUUAAAGAAAAAGAGAGCAACUUUGUGAAAUGUUUCUGGUCCUACCUACUCUGAUGUACAACAAAAAUAGCUCUUUUUCUUCUUCUUUUAUCUUCUGCUAUGAGAGAAACCCAGGUAGUCUUACAAUUUCCUUCAAUGCUUCUGGAGAGCAUUCUGACAAAUAGGGCAACCAAUUCUUGAGCUCUACCCCUGGAUAAGUGCUUUCUCCAGGAUGCACAAUCACUCAAGCGGCUUCACCUGUAUGUUUAUUUCAUAAUUUGGCUGU